UGAUAAUGAAAUGAUCAAUGAUUCAUCAUUAUUGAAUCAAUCAUCAUCAUCAUCAUCGUCAUCAUCGCCGGGCCAGAAUGAACAUAAUAUUAAUGUUGUCAUCAGAGUGAGGCCCAUAAUUACUCGGCCACGAACGUCAACAUCAUUGACGACGACAACAAAUAAUAACAACAGCAGCAACUUGAAUAAAUUGAUUAGCCAACGAGCCGAGACAACUACGACGAAGACGAGCACGAUUAAUUCAACAACAACAACAACAACGGACCAAAGACAACAGUAUGUUAAUGGUGGUGGUGGUGAAAUUGAUGCUCAUCAUCAUCAACAACAUCAUCAAUUGACGGCUAUAACAUUUCCAGCGGCUGGUCAAAUUCAGGUUGAAGAUACCAUUGCCAAUGUAAGCCGAUCAUUUGCAUUUAAUGUUGUAUUUGAACCUGAAGCUAGCCAAGAACAAGUGUUUGAACAUUCUGGUGUUAAAAGAUUAAUCGAUAUGGCAUUAGAUGGUUUUGCAUGUACAGUAUUUGCAUAUGGACAAACAAGUACUGGAAAAACAUAUACACUAACCGGAAAUGCAUUUCAGUUUGCACGAUAUUCAUCAGCUGGAAAUUCUGCGAAGAAAACAUCAUCAUCGUCGUCGAAUAAACGACGUUCAAAAUCACAGCCACCAGAUUCCAUCAAUGAAUCAUUGAAUAUCGACGAAACAAUGAAAAAUUCCUCACCAAAUAUUGGUAUUAUACAGCUAUCAUUUGCAUAUUUAUUUGAACAGAUAAAACGACGUAAAAGUCGUGAUCAAACAUUACUUUAUAUAAUAACCGUUUCAUAUCUAGAGGUUUAUAAUGAACAGGUACUGGAUCUAUUGAAUCCAUCCACACGAUCAUUAAAUGUACGUUGGUCAAAAGAUCGUGGUUUCUAUGCUGAAAAUCUAUUCAAAGUUGAAUGUGAAGAUUUGGGCGAUCUUGAAGGCGUACUUGAAGAAGGUUAG